UCCGGGCUGAACUGUCAGUGGAAGCGCAAGUUGGUGGAUGGAAAGCGGAUCUGCUGUUGGCAAGCCAAAUACCUUGCCCGCAGGUCACCUAAGUAGACAUUCACUUGCGACACAAACCGAAGGCCAUUCAUUCCCAAGGGACUACGCUUUGGAACGGCAGAAAUCAAAGAUGCCUUAUGUUCUCAUCAGCACUCAGAUCCGACUGGAGACGGGCCCUACUAUGGUCGGAGAUGAGUAUUCCGAUCCAGCAAUAAUGAACUACCUGGGAGCCAGGAAGACAACCAUUCUGGGUAACAACUUUUCAGAGUACCACGUGGAUGACCCGCCCCGUUUGGUUCUGGACAAGCUGGAGAAGAUUGGGUACCGUGUGGUAAACAUGACGGGAGUGGGUCAGACGUUGGUUUGGUGCCUGCACAAGGAAGCCGUUUGACCUGAGAUGUGUUGUUGUUUCCUUUGAAAAAGUCUCACUUUUUGAGAUAGGAGACAGGAGGCUGCAGGGAUCAGGCCCAGGGCUGCAACCUCAGUACAUAACUCCGGGGAGGGUGGGGGUGGCUGUAUUAUAUUGCUGUCUUAAUCCUGCCAAUUCUCACCUCUUGGUUGAUUUUAGAAUUUUACAGAGGAACUUGCAAAAAUGGAACUGCCAAUGAGCAAUCAGUAUUAUUACAGAUUACUUGUACUAGGCUAAUUGAUUAAUAUGGUUUACAUACUGUAUAUAAUGUCUAUAGAGCUAAAUGAAAUCAAAGUAGGAUUUUUCUGGAUAGGCACAUAGACAAACCAAAAUGAUAAUGCAUCUUUUAAAGUGUAUCUGUUCAUCUUGCAAUCAGGUGCAAUUUCAUUUUCCUAGUUUUACUGUUGAAUGCAUAAUGUGCUGUUUUCAUAGUAAGGAUAAAGAAAUAUCCCUGUUCUUAAUAUACAAAAUAAGUUUACAUGAGGGUGGUGGGGGGUAAUCCAAUACAUUUAGCCUAUAGUUCCUGUCCCACCCAGGAGAUUAUAAAUUAUAUGGGGGAGGAAGGGAACCAUGUCAACCUAACCACAUUCCAGAAAGGCUAAAAGCCUUAUUAGGUAUUUCCACAUAAUUCAUUGUUUUGCCCCUGGGGGUUGAGGUGCAAAGCCUCUUCAUAUCAUACAUUCCAGACAGAAUCAGAAUCAGAUCGCCAGAUGUACAUAGAAUUAACAUGUUUCUCCAGUAGUGAAGGGGAGUUGAAGGACUAUGUACUUGCAUGCAACAUCAACCUGCUUCCAUUGAGCCAACAGGACUUCCUUUUGUACCAUUGAUCUGUAGGCUUCAGAACCCAUUUUAUUGGGCUGAAAGGACUUAAAUGUUUGAAAAGCACAAUGUUUAACUUUCAGUUCAGUUUAAAGUUUUGUCAGUUUCUUUCUUACAGAGGUAAUGGGUUAUAAAGCUACGGUAACAUGUAAUUCUCUAACUGUAAGGAAGAGAGGUGAUGAGGUGAAAAUAAAGAUGAAACCACUGGUCUUUGCUGAUGGAAUUGUGUUUGAUUAUGAAGCAGUGAAGAUCUGAAGAGUAGCACUGUACUAGACCUCUGUAGGACUGGAGUUACAACACUAUGCAUCAGCAGCUUCUCUUGCCAUAUACCUAAUGUGACAUCACAAUG